AUGGGCGUCUUCAGUCGUCAGAGGUUCUUUGAGGAGCUGUCCCGGGGCUGCUUGUGGCCCACGGCGCAGCAGGGCCUGGAGCAGGUGUGGCAGCUGCUGCUCAUGUGUUUCUUGUGUCGACUCCUGUGGAUGUUGGGCCUCCCGUCGUUCGUCAAACACCUGACCACGGUGGCGGCCGGGUUCUACACCCUCUACCUGUUCUUCGAGCUCCACAUGAUCUGGGUGGUGCUGCUCAGUCUCCUCUGUUACCUUUUUUUAUUUUUGUGCCGACACUCGACCAUGAGAGGCUCGUUUCUCUCCAUCACCGUCCUGAUCUACCUCCUGCUGGGAGAGCUGCACAUGAUGGACGCCACAAACUGGCACAAAAUGAGAGGGUCGCAGAUGGUCGUCGCCAUGAAGGCGAUUUCUCUGGCGUUUGACCUGGACAGAGGCGUCGUGUCCAGCGUCCCGUCGCCCGUCGAGUUCAUGGGAUACAUUUACUUUGUGGGGACCAUCGUGUUUGGGCCGUGGAUCAGCUUCAACAGCUACAAAGAGACGCUGGAGGGGCGUCGGCUGAGUUUAUCGUGGUUCUUUAAAGUGUCGUGUUCGUGGGUGAAGAGUCAGAUUUGUCUUUGUGUUUCCAACUGUGUGGCUCCAUAUCUCUUCCCUUAUUUCAUCCCCGUUUACGGAGACAAACUCCUGCGAAGUAAAAAAAGGAGGAAGAUUCGAGGAACCGGGACAAAGUGGCUCUUGGCCUAUGAAAACACUCUGUCCUUUCACUUCAGUAACUAUUUUGUGGGAUAUUUGAGUGAAACCACAGCCACUUUGUCAGGAGCAGGUUUCACUGAAGAAAAAGACAAUUUGAAAUGGGACCUGAGUGUGUCCAGGCCUCUGACCGUGGAGUUUCCUCGCUCCACGGUGGAAGUCGUCACCGCCUGGAACACACCCAUGUCCAACUUUCUGCACACGUAUGUUUUUAAAAGUGCUCUUAAAUUUGGAACGUUCACGGCCGUCAUGGUCACGUACACGGCCUGUGCGCUGUUACAUGGUUUAAGUUUUCACCUCGCAGCUGUUCUCAUUUCUCUGGGAUUCAUCACGUACGUCGAACACGUGUUACGUAAAAGACUCGCAGACGUGCUCAGCGCCUGUGUGUCGUCGAGGAAGUGUCAAUCAAACUGCUCCCACAGGAACACAAAGAGCCUGUGGGUGCACCUGAUAAACCUGGUGUUCAGCGCGUUGGCCGUUCUUCACAUGACGUACCUGGGCUCCGUGUUCAACUCCAGUGUGGACUUCAUGGAGGAGGAGGAGGACGACAUCACCCAUCACACCAUCCAGCGCUGGUCAGGGCUGAGCUGGACGAGCCACUGGGUCACGUUUGGGAGUUGGAUUUUGUACCGUCUCAUUCUGUGAAGAUGAACUG